AUGGCUUUCAUACUUCAUACAGGAAAGGGUUACUCGACAUGUCUGGACGGCUGGAUACCCUUUAAUGGAUCCUGCUAUUUGUUUGCACACCACCAUAUGCAGCUUACUUUCACAGGGGCUGAGCAAUAUUGUCGCCAGCACAACAAUGCACAUCUAGUUCAUGUCAACAAUGCCCUGGAGAAUGCGUUUAUCAAAGACCAGCUCAGAGAAAAACAAACAACGACCUGGUGGAUUGGACUUACUGACGAAGAUAUCGAGGGAGUUUGGAAAUGGUUUGAUACAGACACGGUCGCCUCAUUCACAGAUUGGCAUCCCAAUGAAGGCGCAACAAAUGGCGAGGAUUGUGCCAUAUUCUAUUCUGUAUACGACUUCAAGUGGGCAGACACAUACUGCUCACAUACGUACUUAUAUCCUCCAUUAUGUGAAACACCGUCCUAUUUGAACCAUGAAGAAGUGAUUGUUGGAUGAAGUAUAACGACUAUGAAGUUAUGAAAAUUGAAUAAAACCAAACAAUGGAAACUACUGGAAUGAAGCUAUUCAAUGGAUG